AUGUCGGACUUCUUCCGCAGAGCGUCUGACGCGUUCCACCAUCGCCAGCGUCAAGACUCAACCGACUCAACCGACGUGCCCAAGUCUCCCGACUUAGCAAAACCUCCCGAGCAAGAGCCACUCAAUCAAAAGUCCGAGUCUGCUCAGCCUGGCUUUCACGACAACGAGGCUUUUGCUGGUACAGCAACUGAUAAUGUUGCCCAUCCGAAGCAACGUCGCCAUUGGGGCUGGGGACACCACCCGGGAAACAAACCCGAGACAAAGCAGCAACCUAGCCAGGAACAAAAAGACAGUACUAACUAG